CCAUCCUGAAAGAAUGCCUUCACUGUAAAAGAGAGAGAGAGAGAGAGAGAGAGAGAGAGAGGGCUAACUCUGCUCACUCUGAUUUCAUCUCACACUUUUUACUCGCUGCUCUCUGCGCUCGCGCUCUGCUCUCUGCGCCAAACUCGCUGCAGUGUGCGCCGACUUGUUGAGCUUUAAAGAGGAAGUCCAGGACUCUGCGUGGGACUGGCUCCGUGCUGGACCUAUGAGUCUGUAGUAAUGUGGGGUGAUCGGAAGCGCUCGCGGAGCCGCCUGUGGAUUUAACUCUCGCUGUGGGAUUUUGGACUCUUCUUCUUCCUGAUUGGUGGCUUUGUUAGUGCAUGAACCCUCAGUGACAGAGCAGCAGAGAGAAGCAUCGAGAACCUUUCUCAAACAUGGAAGUAAGCGCGGACCAGCCCCGGUGGAUGAGCCAUCACCCCGCGGUGUUGAACGAGCAGCAUCCCGGCUCUCACCACCCGGGCCUCGGCCACUCCUACAUGGACCCCUCGCAGUACCCGCUCACUGACGAUGUGGAUGUACUCUUUAAUAUCGAUGGACAGGGAAACCACGUCUCUCCGUACUACGGCAACUCAGUCCGAGCCGUCCAGAGGUACCCUCCUCCCCCCCACAGUAGCCAGGUGUGCCGUCCCUCCUUGCUGCACGGCUCCCUGCCCUGGCUGGAGGGCAGCAAAGGCAUCGCCCCCCACCACAGCACCUCUCCCUGGAACCUGAGCCCCUUCCCCAAGAACCCGCUGCACCACGGCUCCCCGGCCAGCCUGUCCGUCUACCCCCCGGCCUCCUCCUCCUCCCUGUCCACCGGCCACACCAGCCCCCACCUCUUCACGUUCCCCCCCACCCCUCCCAAAGACGUGUCCCCGGACCCGGGCAUCUCCACGCCGGGCUCCAGCGGCUCGGUGCGGCAGGAGGACAAAGAGAGCAUAAAGUACCAGGUGACCCUGGCCGAGAGUAUGAAACUGGAGUCGGCUCACAGCCGGAGCGUGGCGUCAAUCGGAGCGGGCUCGUCCUCCGCCCACCACCCCAUCGCCACAUACCCACCCUAUGUCCCCGAAUACGGCCCAGGCCUCUUCCCACCGAGUAGCCUGAUAGGUGGGUCAUCUUCUAGUUAUGGUUCCAAAACGAGACCAAAAACAAGGUCCUGUUCAGAGGGGAGAGAGUGUGUGAACUGUGGAGCCACGUCCACGCCGCUGUGGAGGAGAGACGGUACGGGCCACUAUCUGUGUAACGCCUGCGGCCUCUACCACAAGAUGAACGGGCAGAACCGGCCUCUCAUCAAGCCCAAGCGGCGGCUGUCCGCAGCCAGGCGGGCGGGGACGUCGUGCGCAAACUGCCAAACGACAACGACGACGCUGUGGCGGAGGAACGCCAACGGAGACCCGGUCUGCAACGCCUGCGGCCUCUACUUCAAACUGCACAAUAUCAACCGACCUCUGACCAUGAAGAAGGAAGGCAUCCAGACCCGGAACAGGAAGAUGUCCAGCAAGUCCAAGAAGAGCAAAAAGUCCCAGGACAGCAUGGACGAAUUCUCCAAGAGCCUGAUGGACAAGAGCAGCUCCUUCAGCCCCGCCGCCCUCUCCCGCCACAUGUCCUCCUUCCCACCCUUCUCGCACUCCAGCCACAUGCUGACCACACCCACACCCAUGCACCCUUCCUCCAGCCUCCCCUUCGCCUCACACCACCCCUCCAGUAUGGUCACAGCCAUGGGUUAGAGCGGCGCCGAGGCCUCGCCGUCACCGUCACCGCUUUGACCCCCGGUACCUCUGCUGACUUGCUCCUUUAAAGACACUGUUCUUCUAAGCCCCUCCCCUUUCACCGGUGAGCUGCGGUGCCCCGAUGACAGCCUCCUUUGUCCUCAGUUUGACCUUAUUUUUAUAAAUCCAAGCGUACCUCUGCAAUGUGAAUGCUCUGCAGACUCUAACUUUGGCGCACUGACCUCCAAACACCAAGAACGAGAGAACGGUGUUUGUCUCCGCACGGACGGAGGGAACGGUGUUUGUCUCCGCACGGACGGAGGGAACGGCGUUUUUCUCCAAACGGACAGAGGGGAAUGGCGUUUUUCUCUUCAUGGACGGUCGUUCGGAUGGAGAGAACGACCUUUAGACAGUGAGAAUAACCUUUUUCUCGCCGUCAAACACCGCCGCUCUCCUCCACAGAUCAAGGACCUCCAUUUCUGUACAAAAAGCCAUUUUUCAUCACAAACUUUGAAAACAGACUCUACUGUCUCCGAGAAUCCCCUCCCUGCCUCACUUCUUACCUUGCACCUGUAUAACAGGACCCUGCCCCGCCCCCAUGAACCCGCCCCUCCCUCCUCCUCAGAGGAGAGCAGACCUUGAGUAUAUUUGUACAGAUUGUAUGAAAUACAUUUAAUGAAGACUUUUUAAUUCAGUAAGAAGAAAAAAAGGAAAAUGCCCGUGGGCAGCUAACGACCAGAAGGGUACGAGUGGCGGCGGGCGGAGAGGACGCCGCCGUCAGAGAGAAAAGAAGCGAACAGAGACAUUGAGAAGGGUGGGCACCAUGGUCGCCUGCUGAUGGCGUUGCAUUAAUUAUUUUGUUCUGGAUGUGCUAUAGGUCUCGGGCAUUGGUUUGUGUUGCACCUACACUCACACAUAGACACACACGCACACGCACACGCACACAGCUGACAGACUUUGUUCCCGCCCACAGAUUAUAUGCAUUGUGAAAAAAGUUGCUGUAUUUGUUCUUUGUAUGUAUAAAUCAGAGUACCAAAAAUACGAAUAACAAAGAUGUAGAAUUAUUUCUUUAUGUUAUGCAGACUGAAUGGUUGUAAAAAUUUAAUAAUAAUCACUAGUGUAAAAUAUGACUGCUUUUUGUUUCGUACGUUUUUUUCCUCUUUGAAAAUAAUAAACUAGUUUAAUCUCUGUUGA